UUAUGCUCCGUGGUUACUUUUUGCUGUGAAUUUUAUGACCAACCUUCACCAGAUUUCUGUUCAACUUACUUUAAUUGUGUUCACAAGUUCAAUUUGUUUGACCGGUUUACUCAACAAGGGAGACAACAGAUAAAAAUGUAUCAGGAUGUACUGACGGGCUAUGAGCACCUGAGGCAGCAACACGGCGCUGUGCAGGAGCCACGCUGGGCCGUCCAGGUCAACGCCAGCGAUCCCGUCCGCGGGUUCGAGCAGAAGAUAGACGGCAGCAUCCGUGAGUGGCCAUUUGAGCUCGAUACGUUCCAGAAACAGGCCAUCCUGAAGGUCGAAGAUGGCCAGAACGUGUUUGUGGCCGCCCACACGUCGGCCGGCAAGACGGUGGUGGCUGAGUACGCCAUUGGUCUCACCCUGAGUCACUCCAUGAGGGCCGUGUACACGUCACCAGUAAAAGCGCUGUCCAAUCAGAAGUUUCGAGACUUCAAAGAGAUCUUCGAUGACGUAGGGCUGAUCACAGGCGACACACAGGUCAAUGAAGACGCUUCCUGUCUCAUCAUGACGACAGAGAUUCUCAGGUCAAGGCUGUACCAAGGCUCGGAGAUGUUGCAGGACCUGGAGUGGGUCAUCAUGGACGAGGUCCACUACAUCAAUGACGUGGAGAGGGGCGUGGUCUGGGAGGAAGUCAUCAUCAUGUUACCUGACCACGUCAAGCUCCUGUUGUUGAGUGCCACGGUGCCAAACGCUCUGGAACUUGCUGAGUGGAUUGGGAACAUCAAACAGAAACCAAUCUACGUGGUCAGCACCAGCCAGCGACCUGUCCCCCUCAGACACUACCUGUACACGCUGGCACCCAACCGUUUUUCUAACGGCCUGCAGCUGCUCAUGGACGAGCACGGGAGGUUUCUGGAACAAGGCUAUGCCACAGCCAAACAGAACUUGGUAGCCAUGUCUCAGGGCAGCAGUUUCAAUGACAAUCAUCGAUCGUCCUCUGUGGCUAUCAACAGUCUCAACAUGUUGCGAACAGACAACAAACUUCCCGCCAUUGUUUUUGUGUUUUCUAAAAAGAAGAUCGAGACCAACUGUGAGAAUACUGACGGCCUUGACCUAACCAGCCCCCAGGAGAAGGCGGAAAUUGAGACAUUUUUCCAGGAGUCGCUGGCCAACUUUAAGGAGGCGGACCAAAAUCUUCCGCAGAUCCAAAAACUCAAACGGUUACUGAGACGAGGGUUCGGGGUCCACCAUGCAGGAAUUCUACCCGUCCUGAAGGAGAUUGUUGAGAUGCUGUUCCAGAGGGCCCUCCCACAGAUACUGUUUGCCACUGAGACCUUGUCCAUGGGCGUCAACCUUCCCGCCAAAACGGUGGUGUUUGACGGGGUGUGGAAGAACGACGGCAGGCAGUUCCGGUUCGUGCAGGUCGGGGAGUACACCCAGAUGGCGGGGAGGGCGGGGAGGAGGGGCAUGGACAUGGCGGGAAACGUCAUCAUCCUGUGUCACAUGUUCAUGCCGAAAAUGUCCAAUCUGAGGAAAGCUUUACAGGGUAACCCUAACCUCUUGAGGUCAAAGUUCCGGUUGACCUACUCCAUGAUCCUCCACCUGAUGAGGGACCAGCAGUUCGACGUCCAGGAUAUGAUGAGGAAGAGCUUCAACGAGUUCCACACCAAGCAGGAAACGGCUCGCUAUCUGGAGGACAUCAAACGCAGUCUGUCUCUGCUGAGGCGAAUCGACUGCCCGCACUGCAACACAGACUUGGCUAGGUACUACGACCGCUGUUCGGAGUUGAACCAGCUCCGACUAGAGUUUAUGUCCAAGCUGUUGUCCCACCCCUCGGACCACGCCCCUAAUUAUUGCCACGCCCCUGAUGAUUCUGUUACCUCCCAGUCCAAGCUGUUGUCCCACCCCUUCGGACACCCCCUGAUGAUUCUGUUACCUCCCCAGUCCAAGCUGUUGUCCCACCCAUCAGGUCACGCCCCCCCGAUGAUUCUGUUACCUCCCCAGUCCAAGCUGUUGUCCCACCCCUCAGGCCACGCCCUGAUGACACCUGGCCGUAUCGUGUUGGUCAAGCGACCAGGCGACCGGCUGGUGCUGGGUGUGGUGCUAAAGUCAAGUCUCUCUGACAAGUUUGAGCAGACCUACUUCACCUUGUUCAACUGUGAAGCCAGCGAUGCCUCGGCGCCUGAAGAUGUCGGUAUCUACCCAGAGAGGCCCUACACACCCGUGGUCCCACAGCUCCAGCGGUCCUUCAUGGCCCUCCACCUCAAGGCCAAGGACGUCGCGCUGGUCAGCACCAGCAGCAUCAACAUCAAGGCUGACCUCAUCAUCAGGAACCUGGAGUACGACCAGAAGAGCGAGGUGAGGAUCCACAAGUGCAUCAACGAGACGCUGGACAUACUCCUGCAGCUGACCAGAAGGAACUCUGGGAAUUUCCGCUCCGUGCACCAGGAGCGUCACGAGCUGGUCAGUGACCCCGCCCUGGCCGGGUCAAGCAGAUCGAUCGAUUUAUUGGUCAGUGAUCUCAGGUUCAACUACUCGUGCACCAGAUGUCCACAGUUUCAGCUACACUUCAAGGACCAUAACCACAAUAAAUACAUCCUGAACAAACACCAAGAGUUAACGGUCCUGGCUUCUGAAGAUUACCAACCCUUGUUACCUGACUACAAUAAAAUGGUUCAGGUUCUGAAAGAGCUGAAGUACAUAAACGCCUCCGACGAGAUCCAGAUGAAAGGCGUGAUCGCCUGCAAGCUGAACACGCACGAGCUGGUCAUCACUGAGGUGGUCGUGGAGGACUUCCUGACCCAGCUACAGGCCGCCGAGGUCGCUGCCCUGCUCUCGUGUUUCGUGUUCGAAUCCAGCCGCUGCAAGGAGCCAAAUCUGACGGCCACGUUGGCCAAUGGAAAAAAUCGCAUUCUAAAUAUAGCAGAGACAGUUGGAGAAUGCCAGAGGAAUGCUGGGAUGUUGAUGCCAGUGGAGGUCUUUAAAGAACAGCUGCAUUUUGGCUUAGUGGAGGUUGUGUAUAGGUGGGCUCAGGGAGAGAGCUUCUCUGUGGUAAAAAACCUGACCGAUGUUGACGAGGGGGUGAUUGUUCGAACUCUCCAGACUCUGAACGAGCUCCUGGGGAGGGUGGAGAGGAUGGGCAGCUUGUUGAACCGGAAGUUGUUGUCUGAGAAGUGCAUGGAGGCCAUGAACUUGAUACACAGGGACCUGGUGGUCACCCCUAGCUUGUAUGUACAGGACGCACUAGAGGGGGAGGAGGAACAGUAA